CUUCUGUCAGAAUAGUUUAACCAAUCAUUUUUUUCUGUUCAAUUUUUUUAGUAUGAUAUUAUUUUUGAAUCAAGGCAUGAUUAAUAACAUCAAUCAUAUUGAACAUUGCAGAAGGUAAAAUGCCGUUAAGGGGAAAUAAUCCUGUUUGCCUUAAGUGUGAAACGGAGGAGUCCCCGUUGUGGACGAACGCGGAAAACCUAGGAGCAAUUUGCCUGCAAUGUAUUAACGAGGCCAAGGAAGAGACCAAGUCUGAUGAUGAGGGUGAGAGCAGGCCUGCGAAGAGGAAGACCAGAGCAACGAGAUCGUACAAAACAAGACUGAACCCAUUGGCGUUACCCAAGACUGUGCUGCCGAAGGGUAAAGGCCGGAGAGUAAUCUUCAAGAAGACACCCACAAAAGCACCUACAGCUGUCGCUACACCAGUUACUAGUGACAGCAUUUAUUAUAAAGGAAUGUACUAUCAGAAGGGUGAUGUUGUGAGCAUGAUUGAUGAGGAUGGGGAUCAUUAUUAUGCUCAAAUUAGAGGAUUCUUGACUGAUCAGUAUUGCGAGAAGAGUGCUGUAGUUACUUGGCUGUUGCCUACACAGGAGAGUCCACCACCAGCUGAAUGCUUUGAUCCUGCUACUUAUAUUAUUGGACCUGAGGAAGAAGUGCCUAGAAAACUGGAGUGCAUGGAGUUUAUAAUGCACGCUCCUUCCGAUUACUACAAAACGAAGAACUCGCCUUACCCAAUGGUAUAUCCAACGCCAGAACCCGGUUUCAUAUGGACACGUUUGGAACCCAUACAGAGACUCAUUACCGAUACUACGGACACAUCUGAAAAAGAAUAAACAAAGGCUGCUUAACUUGUAUCCAUCUUUACUUGCUGUUACAUAAAGUCCACAUUUUUAUCAAUAA